GCUGCCCUUCGACAGCAAGACGUGAAACUUUUAAAACAACUGAUACAGAUCAGCGAAGUUAUUCAAGCAUUUUACCAGAAAGUUACCAAAGACAAUAAAUUAUCCACGGACAUUAGCCCUGAUAGUGGGGUAGAUGUACCCGUGACUGACGUCACACAGGUACGAAGUAUGCCAUUGGUUAGACAACAGAGUGUGCCAUAUUACUGUAGGAUUAAUCCUUCCGCUGGAAGUCUGCUCAGCAGCGCCACUUCCAGUUUUGAUGAUAUUUCUGAAGAAUCGGCAGACGACAACGAUAGUCUCUUCUCACUGAGCCUCAGUGGCCAUUUCCCACCACGGUUCUCGAUCUCGCUGAAUCGCGCGAGAUCUCUCUCUUUCGAAUCUUCGCCAGCAGACCCAGAAGCAGAUUCUUACUUUGACGAAGUCUUACGUAAAAAUGUAGAACUUUGGAAACUUUCGGAAAAUGUGACCUAGCUAGCAAGUUAUUAGCGAUUUAUUGUUUAAAUACUUGCCCAACUGUCAGUGUGAUUUUCAUUUGGUCUGAUGAACAUAAAGGAAAUCUUUAUGGA